AUGUCUGCUCCCGCCCCCACCCAGAAAGGCCCCCAGGGCGCCGACCUCAUCGCCCGUUUCGCUUUCGCCGGUGCCGUCUGCUGCUCCGUCACCCACGGUGCCUUCACUCCCGUCGAUGUCGUCAAGACCAAGAUCCAGCUUGACCCUACCACCUACAACAAGGGUAUGUUCAGUGCCUUCCGCCAGGUCGUCAAGAACGAGGGUGCUGGUGCUCUCUUGACCGGUGCCGGUCCUACCUUCGCUGGUUACUUCGCCCAGGGUGCCUUCAAGUUCGGAGGUUACGAGUUCUUCAAGGCCCAGGCCGUCAAGAGCGUCGGUAUCGAGAAGGCCCGUGAGAACCGUGCUGCCAUCUACUCCGUCUCUGCUGCCGCCGCUGAGUUCUUCGCCUCCAUUGCCCUUUGCCCUCUUGAGGCUACCCGUAUUCGUCUCGUCUCCACCCCUGGCUUCGCCAACGGUCUCAUCGGUGGUUUCGGUAAGAUCCUGAAGAACGAGGGUGUCGGUGCCUUCUACGGUGGUUUCGGACCCAUCCUGCUCAAGCAGGUCCCCUACACCGUCACCAAGUUCGUUGCCUUCGAGAAGUUCUCCGAGGUGAUCUUCGCUCAGUUCGACAAGUCUAAGAUGUCCGACGGUGCCCAGACCACUGUCAACCUCGGAGCUGGUCUCCUUGCCGGUUUCGCUGCUGCCAUUGUCUCCCAGCCCGCUGACACCAUGCUGUCCAAGAUCAACAAGACCAAGGCUGCCGCUGGUGAGGGUACCGUUUCCCGUCUCGUCAAGAUUGCUGGUGAGCUCGGUUUCCGUGGUGCCUUCGCUGGUCUCCCCACCCGUCUCGUCAUGGUCGGUGGUAUCACCGCUGGUCAGUUCGCCAUUUACGGUGACAUCAAGAAGGCUCUUGGUGCUACCAACGGCACUGAGAUCGCUAAAUAA